AUGAGGACCAACAAAAAAACACAGAGGCAAAUCAUCCUUGUCCCACAUACGGAGUGUCGGCUGCCGCUCCGACGAGGACACCUCGGCGCUGCCGCCUGUCCGCCAGAUCAGGGACUUCCAAACAGCACAUCAACCGCGUCCCUUCACCAUGCUUACCUCCCUGCCGCCAACGAAAAUUUUCAGCAAUGGCACAACAAACUGCGAAGACAACGUCGACAAAGGACACCGUGCAAAAGGUCAGCCACUCCAAACACCACCUACGAAAAGCACAGCGCCGCCCAACUGCGCAGCCGAAUUCACCAGCCGAAAACCCCGCCCCGCAGCAAAAGACCGGAACCGCGGAGGAAGCGGACUAACAGCAAAUCGCAGCGCCGACGCCAGAGCGCGAUUAAGAAACUGCAUCGCGCGCGGGUAACACCAUCUUCCUCCCCCCAAAGAUUACAUUACCCCAAGGAACGCCGGCGGCCCGUCCUUUUUCCACGCCUCGCCGACAUCGACGCCAAGACGGCUCCGGCCACGCGCAACGUAGUCGCUGACGCACCAAAGAAAAAUCCGGCAGAUCACAUCGGCCAGCGCUCAUUGCCAUCGCCUGCUGACUACCGACCACCGUCGGAAUUGGUCCGCUUCCUGGAGGAAAAACCAGAAAUUUUUCCAAUAGCCUCCCCUGUAACAGAUACUGGUGUGGUAAUAGGGGGACGAUAUGUGUAG